UUUUGAAGAAAUGGAUGAAAAAGACUUAGGAGUUAAACUCCAUAACCCCUCCUCAGAUGAAACAUUUGAGAUGACUUUUAAUAAAGAAGUCGAUCUCGAAAUGAAUGAAGUUCCUGUAGUCUUAUUUGAGCUUCAUGAAAACUCUCUGCUUUAUAUGGACAGAGAAGAAUGGGAGAGAGCACUGAUCUUAUUACAAAAAGCUCAGGUUCUUAUCGAGCAAAUGAGCCUGGAAAGCUACAAAAAAGACAGGCUUAUCAUUGUGAUAAUAUACCAUAAUACAGCCCUUUGACACCAAAUGAUGGGCUCCUUAGAAGAGUCCUCAGUCUUUUUAGAAACAGCAGUCUUAAAUUUAGAAAUAUUAUCUCUGAUGCCUGAAUUUCAAACUCCAGCAAUUAAAAAUCAUACGAUUUAUUUGGAAGGAUUGCUUAGAAUGCAACUCUGAGCGCUGUUUUCCCAACUUCAUCGCCACAGGGAGGCACUAUACCAUGCUCAGAUUUCUGUUAGGAUUUCUCAUUUCCUUGUCAAAGACAUCCUUAACUAUGCUGAAUCAAUGGGUCAAAAGGAGAAAGACAUUCGUGAUAAUCCAAAAUUCAACAGAAAGAAGACUCUUAAUGGGGAUAGCAAAGUCUCUACCCAAAACGAGGCUCCUUCAAAAUACGGAGAAGGGUCAACUGAAAAUAAAAUCAACGAAUCAAAUAACAAUAUAAGUGGCGUUGAGGACCAAAAUAGUUCUUCCCUUGACUCAUCUGCCAACAUCUCUCAGCUAAACAAGACAGCAAGAGUGCAGCAUCACAUGUCAAUUCUUCAGAGAAAUUUUUUAAAAAUAGUUCCUAUUUUCAGACAACUGGUAGGCUAUCUUGUCAAAGAAGGAGAAGAUACUGAUGACGAAGCUGAUAAGGAAGAAGAGAAAGACCCAGAUACUGCUGAAGUACUCAACGAACAACAGGGUGCCAAGGUUGACAUGCGAAACAUGCUUGGCUUCCUCAACCAAAAUCUCUACCAUGAUUACCUUAAUAUUACUAACAUUAUGAAACUAAAGAGACUAGACUUUAGAGAAGUCUACGGCAUAAGAAACCCAGAUUUAGUACUUACAAGAGAAAAUCUGAUGGAGAGAGUCAUGCUUCUGAUCACAGCCUACUUUUGAAUGGGCACAGAGCUCAGAUUUUUAAAACAAAUGAUGGUAGAAGGAUUUGAAGAUAGCAUAGACUCAGAAUUUUGGCAUGGAAAAGCACUUCAAUUAGCUAUUAAAUUCCUCCCUGGAGAUGCUCCGUUGGUAAAACAUAUCGUAUCCUCAUACCAAAAACAUCAUUCGCCUUCAUAUGAGCAAAUACCUGAAGAUCAAGAAGUCCAAUCAGAAGUGAAGAUUAUUCGGCCAAACGAUGGGAUCACUUACAACAAACUCGCACCUUGAAUCAAGGACAUUCCAAAGCCAUCGGUGAAGUUAGCACCUCUAGAUCUAUCCUUCAACAAAUACUAUGAUCCUGAGAGGCAAAAAGAGCCCGAAAGGUCAGAAAUGAACAUCAGUGACUGCCUAAAAGACUCUAAAAUCUCUGCAGAAAAAGUUGAUAUCCCUUUCGAAAUCCCAAAAGAGAGGAAACUGAAUAAAACUACGGAAACCUGAGAGAUUCUUUCCCAAAGCUUACAAGAAAAACCAGAAGGGCAAAAGGGAGACCAAAAUGAACUGAUGAAAAUAGUAACUGAGGACCAAAUAAACCAGUUAAAAAUUAUCAAAAGUCUUGACAAAACUAGUGCUAAUAACAAGGAUAGUAAAGAUAGUAUAAAGGCUUUCAAUGCUUUCAAGAACAAGGUCACCCAGGGACAGUCCCAGACAAUGGACCAGAAAGACCAAAAGAACGAUUCAAUGAAUUCCCCUUCGCCUAAAUCUAUAUCUCCAAACUUGAUAGCUAAAAAUAUGAAAAAGGGAGACCCCAUCAUGAGAACUAAAACCGAAGAGAGUUCAAUCAAUAGUCUCCAUAACAUGUCAUCAGGCAUCAGAAGUGCCCAGGGCAAUAGAAGGAAACCAAACAAAAGCAAUUCGAAUGAGAGAUCAAAGAGCAAGAAAAAGCAUGGCUCCAAAGAAAGAGGCUACCAAAGACCCAAAACUUCCAAAGGAAAUCGUAAACAAGCUCACCCAUUCGCAGAAAGGCCAAAUACUGUAUUUGAGAAUUACAAAAAGGAAAGAGUACCAAAGUUCACAGAUAGAGAUAAGCCUAAAUAAGUUUAAAGGAAAUAAGAGUUCAAGAGGAGGUACUCCAGCUCCAACUAGCCAGAAUCGGAACAAUAAACCUGGCACAACCUUGGCAAUAGCCUCCUCGGCUCCAGGAUUUAUUGAUAGGAGCAUCACCAAUGACUGAGUGAACUCAAGUAGAUUCAAUCAUCAUACUGCUCAUGGCAAAGUGAAGAAAUCUCAUAGUAAACAAGCAAAGAGAUUGAAUGCCAACAAUGGAGAUAAAAGUAGCAACAGGAUCUCCAAGAGCUGUGAUAGAAAAUGAAGGAGCGAAUCUAGGUCUAAAGUAGCUAGCUUUAGCGAUAAAAGGUACCAACCUGUUAACCAAAAGUAUGCUUUAAUACUUCAGAAUAGAAACCUAGACGUGAACGCUAAAACUCCUUUCUUAAAUUUCAAUGAGUCUAAUAUUAAUCUGACAAAUGCUUCUGAGGCCAAUUUGAUUGAACUAUACUCUCAGGCCAAGAAGUUCAAUGCUGCUGUAGACAAGGGACAUCAAAAGAAGUCAGGAAAAAUUGUUAAAACUACUCGAAAUCAUCAACUUGUCGAUAAGCUCACUAUGGGGCGUAAAACAUGAGGAAACACCACAGUGAUACAUAAACCAGGAAAGGGUAGGAAGCAAAAACUAGAGACCCUCCCCCAUGAUCUAACCUCAGCAAUCUCCACUGGGAAGAAAAUGAUAUCAAAAUUUAACAAAAGAAGUAGAAUGAAGGGUAGUAACCUGUUCACAUCCAACACAACUCCGACAAGUAAUGCCAAAAACAGUCUGAAGACCACUAUCAACAACACUUUCAACAACGGGGCCUUCAUGGUGAACAAAUCAUUCUGGAACAAAAUAAAGAAAAUAAAAGAUGUGAAUAUUGAUCAUUAAUUUAAACAGAUGCUAUUAAGUUAUUUUAAAAUUCAAA